AUGGAGUACAGAUUUAUCAACGAUGACGAAAAGAUCAUAAAAACACUCGCUUUAAAUCCGUCACUAGGCGCAAAGGUCAGGACAUUAUCCAUAAGCUUCCCAGAUGUGCCUAGGACACCCAUAGAUAAUUUCAUUACUUUCGGCCAGGAGCAUGGCAAGAAAGCGGCCAAGAACAUGGCUUUUUUGACCAAGGCGGUACUGCCCGAAAGUGGACUCACUCGACAUAUUGUUGCCAACAUCACUAAGUAUCAGCAACUUAGGGAACUCAGUCUCCGAAUUCGACCGGAUGCUCGGGAAUGGGGCAACGAACCCACAACCGUAGAGAAGCUCCAAUGGACGAUCGCGGCUGAUUAUACUAAAAUAAAUGCGAUAGACCGCUGGAGCACAGCUGCCAGUAUAUUGGAUAUUGCAGGAACUGUUUUUCCGCAGACUGUGGAGCUUGAAAUAACAACUCGCUACACCACAGGCUUCAAUCCUGUCCCCGAACCUCUAGCUCAAGUUGCGAUUAAGUCUAAUGAACCUGUUUCAUUGCCGCGCCUGCGUAGGUUCUCAUAUCGAGGCAAGGUCAAAGAUGAAGAUCAUGAAUCUAUACUUCGUUUCAUUCAGAGAAAUCAGGGCACGUUGAGUUCGCUCGAUAUGCCUUUUGGGUUUCAAAAAUUAAAUCAACCAAUGAUCAAAUUUCUCCGGAAGAUUCGCGACGUAGCCCCAAAGCUUACCUCUUUCACGAUUCCAGAAAGAUAUCGAGAAGAUCGAUGGAGGAGCCACAAACUCCCUGUCUGGUCAACUUCAACAUAUCCUCAUGCGAGCCCAUCGAAUGGAAUCGAUAUUUUUCAGAUGUGGAACAUCGGGUGUUCAUUUUCUCAUGAAAUUGGCAGGUUCUUCUCCGACUGGACGACUCUCAGAGUGUUGAAGAUUGGGGUUCCUCUAUCUGGGGACGAUGGUCGACCACAAUUUGAUGACGUCGUACCUCAAAUCCUGAGUUUCAUAGAAAAUCUCCCUCAGUCGAUUGAGGAAUUGUACAUCGAGCUGGCUAACGAUGAUGUCGUCGCAGACGAAGACGAAGAUUUCGACCCAGUUGCAGAGCUGCCGAUCAAGAUUUUCAAAUCCAUGACACGGCUGCACUCCUUGGAUAUCAGUGCCUGGAUUGCAGAUGUAGAUCGAAGUACUGGGCUCAUUCCUGAGAAGGCCGUAUUUUGUCGACGCCGCCCAAGCGAACAAGAACCAAACAAUAUCACAAAAAAGACAGUUUGGGUCUCCAGAUUGGAAGCUAUAUAUCAAGAGGAUCAGACAGCCGUCACGAAUACCCCUUUAGAGAUAGAAGGUGAUUUUGAGGGCAAAGAUGCGGAUGAGCCUUGGUUAGGUGGGCACAGGUCAUGGGUGUCUGAUAACAGGAAGUACUGGGUGGAUGGAGAGUAUGUUCUGGGACAAGAUGUAGAGUACUCCGACUUGGGUUCAGAUGAUGAGGACUAA